AUUCGAAGCCCUAGCGCCGCUGAAAUCAAAAGUUCAAAAUAAAUUCGUCUUCGUCGCGACAUCGCUUUUGAACGAGAUCGGAGAAAGUGUCGACUGUGUCGAGAAUCCCCUUCAGAAUUCAGGCUCCACUGCUCCAGUCUCUAACCAGUACCCACCGUCGCCGCGCGCAUACAGAACCCAGCCCAGUUCUUGUAUCCACUCCACCGUCUGCUGCCGCUUAUCUCUCCAGUGGUCGCGACUCGCCACUCUCCACCCACCGUCACCUCUUAUCUCGAAGAAAAUACAAAACCGUAAUAUCCGCUUGCACUCAAAGAAAGAAAAUUGACAAUGGAGUUUAACGACUGGGAGCUGAGCGCAGAGGAAAUGGAUGCCCUCGAAAGAGAAGCCCUACAGAAGAGGGCUCUUGCUCAACAACACAACUCCCCUUCUUCUUUCCAAACCCAACAAACACACCAAUCUGUGCUUUCGGGCAACAACUGUCCUAUCCCCGAAUCUCCUUCUGCCAAUCCUCUGCCUCCUGUAUCCCGGAUAUUACCAACAUCAACUACCUCAAAGGUCAGCACUGAUGAUAACUCAAGGGGACUACCAAGGCUCUCUGUCAAGUUUUUUCUUCAUGCCAAUGGAAAUAUUGCUGCUAAAUUUGUAUAUAACCAGGCAUUAGUAGGUGCUUGUCGCAAGAUCCCUAAAUCCAUUUGGAAUGCGGAAGAAAGAUUAUGGAUAUUCCCUGUAUCCUCUAUAUCAUCAGCUAAAAAAAUUCUUAGUGAAGUAUCUGGUUUUACUGUUGAGGUAGAGGACUUAGAUGCCUUGGUGCAACGUGCCAUUUCUGCUGCCUCUGCUGUUCAAGAUCUUCGAGAGCGAUAUGACAGGAUACCUAGCUCCAUCGAGUCAAAGCUCCUACCUUUUCAGCGGGACGGUGUUAGGUAUAUAAUACAUUUGAAAAACAUUGCUCUUAGGUUUGCAUUGCAGCAUGGAGUGCGUGUGCUUCUAGCAGACGAAAUGGGGUUAGGGAAGACUUUACAGGCUAUUGCUGUGGCUGCAUGUAUUCAUGAUUGUUCGCCUGUUCUUAUAAUCACACCAUCUUCCUUGCGUUUGCACUGGGCUUCAAUGAUUCAACAAUGGCUGAAUGUUCCUUCAUCAGAUAUACUUGUUGUUUUAUCUAAUUGGGGUGGAUCAAACAGAGGUGGAUACAGGAUAGUAUCCUCCAGCAGCAAGGGAACAAUUCAUCUUGAUGGCGUUUUCAACAUAAUCUCCUAUGACCUGGUCCCUAAACUAGAGAAUAGACUGAUGGCCUUAGAAUUCAAGGUUGUGAUUGCAGAUGAGUCUCACUAUUUGAAAAAUGCUCAAGCAAAGAGGACAACUGCCUCAAUACCAGUCAUACAGAGAGCUCAGUAUGCAAUGUUGCUCAGUGGUACUCCUGCUUUAUCUAGACCAAUUGAGUUAUUUAAGCAGCUGGAAGCCUUGCAUCCCAAUGUAUACAAGAAUGUUCAUGAAUACGGUAAACGAUAUUGCAAGGGUGGUGGUUUUGGAGUUUAUCAAGGUGCAAGUAACCAUGAAGAGUUGCACAAUUUGAUGAAGGCAACUGUGAUGAUCCGAAGACUGAAAAAAGAUGUUCUUUCUCAGCUUCCUGUGAAGCGGCGUCAACAGGUCUUCCUAGAUUUGGCAGAUAAUCACAUGAAACAAAUCAAUGCUUUAUUUCGUGAGUUGGAAGUUUUGAAAAGUAAAAUUAAAGCUUGUGACUCGCAAGAGAAGGCUGAAUCACUCAAGUUUUCUCAGAAGAAUCUUAUUAACAAGAUAUAUACUGAUUCUGCUGAAGCUAAGAUCCCCGCAGUUCUAAAUUAUCUGGAAACUGUCAUUGAGUCUGGCUGCAAGUUUCUGGUAUUUGCACACCAUCAGCCCAUGAUUGAUUCAAUAUAUCAGUAUCUUCUUAAGAAGAAAGUGGGUUGCAUUCGAAUUGAUGGUAGUACCCCUUCAGCUUCAAGGCAAGAUUUGGUUACUGAUUUCCAAGAAAAAGAUGCUAUUAAAGCUGCUGUGUUAUCGAUCAAAGCAGGUGGAGUUGGAUUAACUUUAACAGCUGCCAGCACUGUUAUUUUUGCGGAGCUCUCAUGGACUCCGGGUGACCUGAUUCAAGCGGAGGACCGUGCCCAUAGGAUUGGCCAGGUUUCUUCAGUCAAUAUAUACUAUCUGCUCGCUAAUGACACAGUUGAUGACAUCAUAUGGGAUGUUGUUCAGAGCAAGUUAGAGAAUUUGGGACAAAUGCUUGACGGCCAUGAGAAUACUUUGGAAGUCUCAGCCAGCCAGUCGAGAAGCAGCCCUGCGAAGCAGAAGACCCUUGAUUGCUUCUUGAAGCGAUGCAAGACGGAAGAUUCUGAGCACCAACCCAGUCCUAAGUGCCCAAGGCACUGAGCGAUACCCCCUUGAGGUAGUGUGUGUAUUUUUCUUUUUGCUUCUCGGUUAGUUUGUCGAGGGUGUUGCCCAUGUGACUUGGAGUCGAUGCCUAGAAUAGGGGAUGAUCCCUCCUGAGUCAAUGUUUACCCCCAGAGAAAUGACAUGCUUGUAAUGAUAUUUUGGUAUAAAUACAUAAUGGUCACACCUUGAUCGAUCA